CCGCGUGUUUUUAUUACAGUGCUAGCCUCGAUAGCCGGUGCCUUGAACUGAAACGGGCAGAAGUGUAGCCAAGUCGGUGGAAAGUGGUGCGCAUCAUGGGAGAACCAUUUUCAAUUGAUGACGUCGAUCGGGAUGCAUACGGCGAGCUUCGGGACAGUGUGGUUUUCAUCCAGCGAAACGAACAGCUCUCGCUGGCGAUCGAAAAAAUCCAAAAGAGUCUCAAUGUCGCCUGCCAAGAAUACAAGAACUAUAGCAACUUUACAUUCGAAGAAAAAGCCCGAUACGAUUCGCUACUUGCGUACAGCGUAAAUUCGUUGAUUUGGAUGUAUCAGAAGCUGACCGGCGCUACCGACCUUGCGGAUUCUAUAAAGCACGAGCUUGGCCGCGUGCGGGCCGCAAUGGAACGCACGAAAGAAAUACACGACUCGCUCACCGAGCGGCCCCGGUUGAACCAGCAGGCGGCAAAACGCUUCAUCCGCGCCGGUCUGUACGAUGCGAACAAACCGGAAAAGUCGACCGAUACUCCACCAAACAAAAAGAUACGGUUUGACGACUAACACGCGGUAAUAGAUAAGGUUAGCGAUACUUCAGUUCAAGGUGUACCAAAAUAUUAGUUGUUAAUCAUAAGUUCCACCUAGGCUACGUCAGGUAAAGGCAAAGGAAGAUGAAUACUUUUGUGCCGCAUAACGUCGAAACAUACCGUCUGUAAUACCGUUCGAAGUAGAACAUCAUGCAUUGAAACAAGUCAGUCAGUCAUUGAUCGACGUUCUUUAUCAUCGCUGUACAAUGAUCUUUUUUUAGGCAGCAGAAUGAUUAAGCGGGUAAAAAUUGGGGACUAAAUUACCCUCCAAGAAAAAGGCAACCAGAACAAUAUUGCCAACUAUGCCAUUUAAAUUUGUAUUGCCACUUGAGGAAAAGCUACCCGAACUCGUAGUCUUUUUUGGAAUGAUUUUUCUCCAUUCGUUGUAGCAGCGAAUGCACCACGAGUGGAGGUUUUGUAUGCUCAUUCCAUUUUCCCUGCGCUAGGGGCUCUAAGGACAGCCGAGUUUAAUCAUGCAUAAUAUUUCAAUAUAUUAGGCCAAACCAGCCAUUGUGAUGAACCAGUCAACCUUUUCGAAGAAAGCAAUGUUGAUGAACCAAACUUGGUCGUAAAAGCGUACAUGAAAGCUGCCGCGAACUAUGUUAAUAUACAUUCAAUCUGAAUUCUUCGAAUGCUCUUCACGAACAAAGGGUGUAUUAAGGAAGACAUUGCAACAAGGAAUUUCGUAACCCUUACAAGCAGUGUGCGUGUUAUAGGAACGUGUAAAGUAUUUUUAUAAGAGGCGCGUUCACAUACGUCAACAACCUGGAUAGGGUUUCGGUUGAGUUAAACGUUAGAAAUAAAGUGUAACGCAGCUUUACCACCGUA